GGCAGCGUGGGAUACGUGUGAUUAUGAGGUCCUCGGUCUAAAUCAAAGGACUGCUUCCUGUUUAUCAUACCAAGGCGUUAUAAUAAAGCAUGGUUAUGGCCCAGACGGAUGGAAAACCAUCGAGCCAGGGGGACUUCCCUCCUGGAAUGGCGCCCAAGAUGCUGAAUAUGCUGAAGGAGUUGGACGGCAUCGAGAAGGAGCUGCAGCCGCUGAUCUCGCAGCCUUAUCACGAGGUCCUGAGGAAGUUAUCGCCCCAAGAAAAAGCAAAGGUUGGGAUGAUGGAAAUAUAUGGAAUCAACUCAUUAUUUUGGGUUCUUAUGAAAACCAGCAGUGAAGAUAUUGCGUCAGCUCUCCGUGAUGACUACAAGGUGGAGAUGCAGAGAUUGAGGGAGACCCAGGAACGGAUAGCAGAGCUGGAGGCGAGGGCAAACAUGCAGCACAUCGACAAGCAAGCCGCCAAAAGGUUCAUAACCCAUGCACUCGGAAAGAACAAGGCAAAUGGUGAGGAGUCAAGUAGUGACAACUCCAAGAAGAAAAAGAAAACGUGACGAGGCCUGCAAGGAGGAGGGAAGGUGUGACUGGGGGGUGCAAGAAGAGAUUUUACUUGGGAUCAAAAUUACAGGAAAAAAGUCAGAUAAAUAGGAUUUCCUUUAAUUUUUCUUCUAUUUCUUGUUCUUUUUUUCAUCUUUCUCUUUUUCUUCUACUUUAUCGAUAGUUCUCCUUCCCAGCCAUAACUUCAGUGUAUGUUGUGGCCAGAAAGGCUUUUUUUGUAACAAAUAUAUCCUGUUUUUUGUA